ACAACUAGUCUUCUUCUCGCUCUCCACGAGCCCUUCGCUUCCCAACUGCCUUUUUUUCAGAUUACCUUAUUAGACUCACUCCGAUUUCUACCACUCUCGCCGUCGACGGCACCGGUGCUCCGAUCACCACCGCACGAUUCAAUUCCCGUUUGCUCUCCUCUUCCGUUUCCCCCCCUCCUCUCAAGUGGGAAUUGUUACUCUGUAGUGAAGUGAGUCCCUGGGGAAUGGGAGAUUGAAGAAAUAGAGAAUUGCUGACUGAGGAAGAGAAAGAGAGAGAGAGUUUUAAGAAAUGGCUCCUGUGAGUAAAGCUGAUAAGAAGGCAGCAGUAGAUGCUGCUGCGUGGAUGUUCAAUGUCGUCACUUCUGUUGGUAUCAUCAUUGUUAAUAAAGCUUUAAUGGCGACUUAUGGUUAUAGCUUUGCUACAACCUUAACUGGUUUACAUUUCGCUACAACAACUCUGAUGACGCUUGUUUUAAGAUGUCUUGGUUACAUUCAGCCUUCUCAUCUUCCGUUUUCCGAGCUUUUGAGAUUUAUUCUGUUUGCAAAUUUCUCGAUUGUUGGAAUGAAUGUCAGUCUUAUGUGGAACUCUGUCGGUUUUUAUCAGAUUGCCAAGCUCAGUAUGAUUCCUGUAUCUUGCUUGUUGGAAAUGGUAUUCGAUAAGAUCCGUUACUCGAGAGACACAAAGCUUAGCAUAGGGCUGGUUCUUGUUGGUGUUGGUGUUUGCACUGUUACCGAUGUCAGUGUAAACACUAAAGGGUUUGUAGCCGCUUUCGUUGCUGUAUGGAGUACUGCUCUGCAACAAUACUAUGUACAUUACCUUCAGCGCAAGUACUCGCUUAACUCAUUCAACCUAUUGGGACAUACUGCUCCAGCCCAAGCAGCAACAUUGCUGGUAGUUGGCCCGUUUCUUGACUAUUGGCUGACAGAAAAAAGAGUAGACAUGUACGAUUACAACUUGGUUUCCGUGCUGUUUAUAACCCUGUCAUGCACCAUAGCCAUAGGAACCAACCUAAGCCAGUUCAUCUGCAUCGGAAGAUUCACGGCAGUAUCGUUCCAAGUACUGGGACACAUGAAGACGAUCCUGGUGUUGAUAAUGGGCUUCUUCUUCUUUGGUAGAGAAGGUCUAAACUUGCACGUGGUUGUCGGAAUGAUAAUUGCAGUACUGGGUAUGAUCUGGUACGGUAAUGCCUCCUCGAAGCCAGGAGGCAAAGAGCGACGAAGCUAUUCUCUUCCAACGACCCGUCAACAGAAACUUGGAGCAGCUUCGGAUUCUGAUGACAACGAAGACAAAGCCUAGUAGUAAGUAGUAAAUUAUCAGGAACAUCACAUAGUUACAUCACUGUUUUGAGUUUGCUCUUUUUAGCUUAAUUUAUGAUGAUUCUUGUGUUAAUUUUGGUUGGGUACGACGAAAAAAGGCGAUUUUUUUCUUUCCAUACAGACACAAUUGAGAUUUUUGUAAUGCUUUUUUGGGGAAUCAAGUUACAUCAACACUCUUCAUAGCUUCCCAUAUUGCAAUAAGACAUUUAUUUUAUUA